AUGACAUCCGCCAUGACUCGUCCCGAGGACACAAUACGUGGGCCGCGCUUGAACCGCGGCGAGACAGACGAAGAUGAAAUGGAAAAUGGAACGCCCGAGUCAGGUAGCUUGCUGGCGUCACAAAGCGAUGACUCUCCGUACUUUGACGAGGGAAGUCGACCAAGCACUGCUUUAGGAGAUACCCCGGAGAGUGCUAGCAAGCAACCCACAGGAUUGAAAACGCUUAGCCCGGAGGAAACCAUUGAGCUAGCGCGACACGCUGUUGAAAGUGGCAUUCAAGAUACUAAGCGUUCCCUGGCAGGCAGCGAGGCCGUCACAGAUGUGGUCAAGCCUAAGCUGACCAUUGACCUUGGUCAUUCACACAUUGCCAGGAUUCCUGAGCCAGUCGUUGACUUGAUCAAAGAUGAGGUCGAACGGCUGUCUCUCUCGAACAAUCAACUUUUCCAUAUCCCCUAUCGUUUUGCAGAGUGCUCGCAUCUACGCUAUCUCAACAUCAGAGCGAACAACUUUCGUGAAUUCCCAAAAGGAGUUUACAAACUACCAUUACUCGAAAUCCUUGAUUUGAGUCGAAAUAAAAUCAAAGAGUUACCAAAUGAGAUCAGCAAAUUGAAAUCAUUGCGAGUUCUGUCAGUGAUGCAAAAUCGCCUCAUUGACCUCCCGGUUGGCCUCUCCGAGAUGCAUAAGCUUCAAAUUUUCAAGUGUGUCGGGAAUCCUCUGCGAAAGCCACUGCGUGAAAUUCUAGAGGAAACCGAGAACGAGACGACACCAUCUGGGAUGACCGACAAUGAGAAGGAGGUUGCAGCCACAACCAAACUCAAAAGAUUUCUUAUGAAAACACGACAACAGACGAGUACACCCGAGCCAGAAAUAAUUGCUGAUACAAGCGAUGGUACUUUUGACGUUAAACCGGUACCAACACCGAUACCCUCAAAGCGGAAUUUGAGUGGCCGAUUUCCAGUAAUUCCCAGCACUGGUGAUAGCUCAGCAAGCUCAUCUCGGUCUCCGUCGAUAUCACGGGCACCGCCAAUCCCAUUAAAAUCACACUAUCGCAUGGCCUCUGGACAACAGGGCGCUACUUACCACAUGCCUGGUCUUCAAAGACCUGGCGUAGCACCUCAUUCUAUCAACGAGCGCAAUCGAAGCAAUAGCGAGGGCAUAAUUCAAGGAUCAUCUGUUGCCCGUAGCAAACGAAUGGGACUGAUCACUCGCAAGAAUACCGAUUUGGGUACAUUGGAUGAAACGCGCCCAUAUCGAAACAGCCAUCUACGGGGUCUCAGUCAUGGAUCUGUGCUUCGACCGCGUCAGCCUGCACCGCCAAUAGCUACGAAUGACAGUACUCCCCAGAGUCCCACCAGCCCGAGAGAGCCUCGGCGUCCGCGAGAUGGUUGGGUUAAUCGGAUGUCUAGUCUGCCUGAACACAAGGGUGAGCGUGGAUCCGAUGAACCGAUAAUCAAGAGUGCAAAGGGUAUCCUGUUUGCCCUCGCUCAAGUUCAUUCUCAUAUCGAUACAUUAAUCAACGUGAUCAAGCAUGAUGACACCAGACGCCACAGCCUCGAGCUUGUCUUUUACAAUGCUUCCUCACACGUUGACCAACUCAACGAUGCUCUCGAGAAAGCAUCAAAUGCUUUGUGCAAUGACCCAGAGUCAAUCGCAUCAGUCACCGAAACGGUCAAACGUGAAUGCGAGACGUGCAUCGCCGCCUACAUUCAUGUCGGCACGCAGCUACGCAACAACGUCGCUAAGAUCGUUUCCAACGGCGAUCCGCGCUAUGUACGAUCGCUGAUGCUGACGAUGUUCGGCAGCCUAGUGGAGCUACGGAAUGCUUGCGCUAUUCUCAAAGUUCCGCUCCAGACCACCAACAAACGUGGCUCUGCUACAAAGCGCUUGGUUGGCCCAAGUAACCCACUCCCCUCGGUCCCAGACCGAUCUCAACUCUCGCUGGUCACUCCAACAAGAGAUCCCGCCCCGCCCACAAGACGAUUGCGAAGCGACACGACAAUUCGACACCCUCAAUACCCUAUGACUAUGACUUCCAAUCAGACUAGCAUUAGCUCUCCUGCUUUCUCCACGUACGCACGCAGUCGCUCGAGCAGCAGAUCAAACAUGAUCAACACAUCUAUGCCACACUCGUUGGCAACCCCUCGCUCAGGCGAAACCUUCCCUCCUAUGCCUGUUCCCGGGGCUCCCCGAGUCAACACACUGACUGGACUGGACGAAAAUGAAGAGGAGCGGAUAUUCGAAAAGAUCUUCCAUCAGCUGACUGCUACAUAUCAUGCUGCAUACGGGGCACUUCCACUAGCCCGUCGGCAAUUCAUAAGGUGUCUAGAAGCCGCUCAACAAUCACGCGAUUCAGAGGGAAUUCAAAUCCUCUGGAACAACCUCAUCCGUCGAUGUCAGUUUUGCCUGGAAGUUUCCGAUGCCCUAGGACAGCGUCUCUCGACCAUGAAGAUCAAAGAACCAGGCGGCGGACUCCGCAACCAACGCGAGUUCUGGCAGCUAUGCAAAUCCUUCAUGCAGUCGUUUGUCGACCUAGUGAACGAGAUGCGCGAGUUGAGAAGUAUGCAGCUUCUACCUCCCGACGUCAUCAUCCUCCUACGCCCAGUCCAAAAGGCAAGCCGAGAAGCAGGCCGCUUGAUCGAGGUAUCUCCUUGGGCCUACCUUGCAGACCCAGACCGCCAUCCCCCUCCUAGUGCCUUGUACGGCCCUCCGCUACAGACCCCACACCUACAACACCAUCAAACAUCCGUGUCAACAUCCGCCCUCACCAACAACCCCUCUUUCCAAUUCAAUAUGAUGUCGCCCCCGCAAUCAGUCACCGUCCCUGCCACUCCGCUGAGUGCGGCGCUCGGCCCUGCUGCGCAGGCCACUGUCCCGUCCACACCGGCCAGUGCAUAUAGUGACAAGUUUUUCGAGGGCGAUGUCUUCCAGCGUGCUGACUCGCUUCUCUCGUCGAACCAAGCCCCGUUCUUCCGUCGCUAA